AUGAAGAAGCAAGAACAAACUCCUGAAGAGGAGGAAGCGUAUGAAGCAGCACUCUUUGAGAGUGUGUACGGCAAGGACUGGAGGGCUAUCAUUGCGAAGAUUUGUGGCCUGAGUAGUUUGACUAUGGGUAUUUCCCAUACCGUUGUUCCUCAGCUUGAAGGGAAUGAAGAAACUAGGCAGCCCGAUGGGGGAAAGGACGAGAACUUCAGCGAACAUGAUUUCAAGCAAAUAGCCGGAGCAAGGUAG